CGCUUAGGCAGCUGUAGGGUGGGGGCUGAACGUAGUUCGCCUGCAUGCCCCAUAUAGGCCAAGCGAAUAUGCAGCCGUUCAACGCAGUACCGGACUAAUUGCCCAUUGUUAAGUAGCCCAUUGUAAUUGCGGCACAGCCCCGAUACCCGCCAGCCUUCAAGAUUCCCAGCCUGCAUUUUUCACAUUCCUCAAGUCAGUGCCGGCCAUGUAGCUUCAAUCUUCGCGGCGAUGCGAAUUAGUUCCACCACAUGCCUGCACUUCCUCCUGCGCCUCAGAAAGAAUCAUGGAUAAAAAGUCAAACUUCCCAUGGCCCAGAUCUGGGAUCCAGGCGGCGACCUGCAUCCAUCCUUGAUCCCUUGCCGAGUUUAGUCGAUCGAAGGGCGCACACGUCACCUAUCGUAGCUGCUGCAGCUGUCGAAGAGACCGGACCGGUCAGCCCAACGCUCCAACGGCCUUCUAAUGAAGUCAUUGGGGGAGCUUUCGUAGGAGCAUUCUUAGGCUUCUUGAUAUUGCUACUCCUCAUAAAAUGCUGUCGCGGCCGAGGUCCCAAAGACGGCGAGAAGAAUUCCACAAUCUCUAGUUCUACAUCUACAGGAAGAACCCCUGGAAACGGUCCCCUACCUCCGCCGCCCAUCUAUGAUCCUCCUGGCCGAAGAAAGACGACCACAGGACAACGAGAAACAGAGAAGUUUGUUGCUGCAAUCAGGGGGGAACCGGCAUUAGUCGUGAAAAGAAAACCCAGACCGCACCGUCCUGGAAGGCACGGUGUAGAGGACUUGGAAUCUUUCUCAAGCCACAGCGACAGGCAGGAGAAAGGAAGAGUAUGUUCCCAUCUCUGCAUAUAUUACUUCAGCCUAACUAAGUCAAAUCACAGUCUGCUCGUCGUGGUGAAGGUAUCGAAAUCCAUAGGAUGGAUAUUCCUAAUAAUUUCCGACUACCUGGAUUCGGCGAAGUGAUAAGGGAAGUCAAGCCUUAGGUACCAGGGCUAAGAACUAGCAUAUACAGAUGCGCCAUCCAGACGAAAGAUCUUUUCAUCGCGAAAAGAUAAGCUUUUGCGGCGGCAAGCUGGGCUGGGCAGCUGGCCGGGGAACACACCGGAUGCACACAGCCC